CCGUGAACCCGUGAAGGUGGAAGGAGAGGGGCGGAGCAGUGCCGGGGACCGUGGCCGGUGUUCGCUCGGCUGCACAGUCACUACACACAGGCUGUAAACCAGGCUCUAGUACGGUGAAGCCAGGCGGCCGCUCGGGUGGGUCCCAGCGCCGCUGUGUUCGUUGUGGCCCAGCCCGGGACCGGGGGCCGCGGUCCUGGCGUUACUCCCAGCGCAUGUGGCUCAGGUCCCGGCCCCGGGGUGAGGAUCCGGCCCCGAGGAUGGAAGCUGAGAAGUUGGACGAGUUCUAUGGCCUGGCGCGGCCCUCGUCUAAGAAGCCACGCUUUGAUGUAUCACUUGUGCGUCUAACUCAACAAUUCAUGGAGCUCAUUAAAGAGGCUCCUGAUGGUGUUCUUGAUAUGAACCAUGUGGCGUGGGUUCUUGGGGUACGGAAAAGAAGGGUUUAUGAUAUCACCAACGUACUGGAUGGAAUUCAUCUCGUCAGAAAGAAAUCCAAAAAUCUAAUUGAAUGGGUAGGCAAAAGUCCCCAAGAAAAGCUUGGAUACGAUGCUCAGUCUCGGAAACUCGCAAAGGAGACAGAAGAGCUAACGUCUAUAGAGGAAUCCCUUGAUGAAUUAAUCAAAGAUUGUGCUAAUCAGUUGUACAAAAUGACGGAAGAUGAAGAAAACUCAAGACUAGCAUACGUAACAUAUCAGGACAUUCACAGUAUUAAAGCCUUUCAAGAUCAGAUUGUAAUCGCAAUCAAAGCUCCCCAAGAGACCAAAUUAGAAAUACCUAUUCCCAAAGAGGAAAUUAUCCAGGUUCAUUUAAAAAGUACCAAAGGACCAAUUGAUGUCUUUGUUUGUGAAUGCAACAGCCAGGAGGGAACUGGUUUGGUUCAAGAUGAAACGGAUUGUAUCAUUAUUGAGAAUAAAGGGGACGUCUCACCUGGGGAAGGCAAAGGAGUCUCGUCUGGAUUCGAUGAAUGUGCCUCGGAGGCUCUGGGCAAAGACACGUCAUUUGAGGAGGGUAAACAUACCACGUUUGAACCACCUACAAAAUGAUGAUAAACCUAUUACUCUGAAGCAGUGGGACAAAUUGAAGACCAGAUCUCUCUUGGCACAUCUUGUGGGUUUUUAUGAUUGACCACUGGUCCAAAUAAACCCGUGGUACCAAGAAAGGAGCAAAGGUGGCCUUAUGAAGGCACACAAUCCACGUGCCUUUGGCAAACCUGUAUGAACAUUUUCUGAUCAAUUAUUGUACAUUACCAAGAAUUAUUCAAUGUGGGUUUGCACAAUAGUCAGGAAAUAUUACCAACAAGAAUUAUUGUUAUCAAGAGUUUUAGUUAGAAAAGUCUUACAGUAGUUUUCACUUCGAAAAAAAUGUGAAUUGUCAUGAUAACGUACUUGUUAAAAUUAGGUUUUGUAAAUAUUUUAAUAAGAUGAAUAACAUGAAUUUUAAGAUUGCAGCAGCUCGAUUUGUAUAAGUGAAAUAUUGUAAGCAUUUUUUUGCAUUCGCUAUAAAAUCUCGGGUCAGCAAAUUUAGGAUAUUUAGAAAUUUGGAACUCCAGAAAAUUGUCAUCAUGCCACUGUGAAAAGUGUACACUUAUUAAGUGUGAUCUAUUAAUUAAAGUGAAUGUGUUAGGCAUAGUAGAACAACUGCUCAUUCUUCAUUUUACAUAUAAAAGUAGGUUGCUUAUCCAACAGAGAUCAGUACAGAUGCCUGACCCUUUUAAUAGACUGAAUGUAGAAUCAUGUGGUCUCUUUCCUGCAUUGUGUCAGAGCAACUAACGUCAGUCAGGGAUAUAUAUUGGUUGGAUUUGCUUUGUCACAAGAGGAAAUCUGUUGCCAUUUUACAUAGCUUUGCCACUUUUGAGAUGUAGUAUAUUUUUGCUUGAGUAAUCUUGUGUAUAUACUCUUGAUUUUUUUUUAAUCCAGAGUUUUAAAGAAGCUGAAUGCAUUAAUGAAAUGCAAGUAAAUCUUUCAUGUGCAUAGCUUGCCUUAAAAGCAUUCUGCGAAACACUGAUUCCUGUACAGAAUAAAAAAUGUGGACUUCAUCCUUCCUUGAACACACUGUAUUUAUAUUUUUUAAAAAAUUGCAGAGUUGCUGAAGAAUGCUAUAACUAACCAUUCCAGUAAUAGCUUAAGUUUAAUUAUCUCUGGGUUAAUCUUGCAUCACCCAGUAACUCCAGUAACCGCAUCGAAAUGGCAUUGAUGUAAUUUUGAGAGUAGGUUGCCCUCCCAAUGACAGUUACCACAUUGAGACCAAGGAAAGAGUUUUUUUUAUAAAGAAAAGAAAGCUUUGGAUAUGCUAUACUCCAAAGCUGAUAUGGUCCUGCAUUGAAUAUGAAAUGCCCUUGACCAUACGUUGCCCUGUGUGUCUUGCUUUUCAGUCAGUCAAAUGUGGGCUUUUGAAUAAGGCUCCAAAAGGUAAGACUGGAAGAAGCUAAUUUAUUCCAAUGAACAAGACCACAUUGCUCUUUUGAUUCUAUUAAAGAGGUUAGCAUCUGGGCCACUGAAGGUGAUUCAAAUGGGCACAAUUUGGGCAAAAUUGCUGAAAUGCUGGAGAAUCUUUCCCCCUAGUCUCCAAAAGUAGUCUCCACUAGAGCAGUAUCUGAUGGUAUCUAUUGGAUAAUCAGUCCUACAGUGUAUUCCUCUGCUUCUAAGCCUUUUACAUACAGCUCCACAUCAGCACCAGAUGAGCUUAAGCAAGCUGUACCAGAUUCAAAUUCCUAAUCUUGUAUGUAAAUUUGUAAUUAUAAUUUGUUAAACCUGUAACUUCCAUGAAUUGUGAAGGUAUUACCAACAACACGGCUUGAGGAUCAGGACAUAUCCCAGACCGAGGGUGUGCUGAUGCCUUCUACCUCAUCUGAUAUGAUAAGAGUCCUUAUCCUUACUUCACAUACUUUACCAGAACAAUAUCAGAAAGUAAUGCAACUGUGGAAGAGUGGUAUUAAAACAGUCCUGUGUAGUGUUUUUGGCAGUUCAGUAUAUGAGCCAGGCAGAUCAGCUGUACUCCUUAAGCCUGGGGAUAGGCCAGCCUGGUUUGGUGAGUUGCACCUGGAGAAGUAGACUAUUCAGUGGGAAUUGCAAAGGUAUUGGGAAUCUUUUGGGGUCAAUUAAUUACCAGGUGGUGUUGCUAUUGAAAAGAGUUGAAGGGAAGGAGAAAAUUGUUUGCAUCUUCCUCAGUCGAUGCCGAUUAUAAUGUUACUUUUUGCAAAUUGGCAAUGUUUUUGCAGUUUUACUGUAUAUCCAGUUCGUGAAUGAGCAUCACAAUUUACCACGCUGUCUGUCAAUCCUCAAAUAUUUAGUCAGUUAUUUUGCAAUCAUUCAUCAGCCUUAUUUAUUAGCAGAAUUUCCUUAUAAACAGUCUGAAUUUAGUAUAAGUCUUGGCUUGUUCCUCUUAAAAGACGCAAUUGUAAUUCCACACAUUUAAAAUUCAAUGUUGUUUUGUGGGCUGAAACAGUACUGCUGAUUUCCGAAAUGUCUAAUAAAAUCAUGAACUUGUA